AUGUGUUGCCCUGAGCUGCUCCGGUGGCAGCGAUGGGAGUGUGACGCCCCCCCCACAACACACCUGUCGGCGCCCCCCACCCAGGGGAGAGGGGGGGGCGAACGUCCCCGCCAGGCAACACUGGCAGGCAAGACUCGCGCCCCGCCAACGCUGCCGCCCCGUCCCCGCGAGACUCGUGCCGCCCCGCCCCGCCCCGCCACGAGCCUGCACGCCCCGCCACGAGACUCCGCCGCCCCGCCCCCGCCCCCCGCCUGUGCUCCCGCCCCAGCAAGCCCCUCCGCCAGGCCCCCACCCCCUGCUGCGCCCCCCUCGCGCCCCGGCCCCCUGCGGCGGGGCGGGGCAGUGUGUGGCUCACCUCUCGGGGCAGGCGGCGGCAAUGGUGGCCAUCAGCUGAUUUGUGUCAACUGA